CGGUUUGGAGUGGUCUUCGUAAGAGGAAAGGCUGCGUAGUUCCUUAGCUUAAUGGUGCGCAGAGCGACUGUGGCAAGUGAGCGACCGGAGUUUACUGGAUAAUUACAUGGUUUCCCAAGGGAUUUUCUUUCGUGGUCAGCUGUUAAAUCUACACUCCGUGACACCUGCAUUUUUGUCUUGAACUUACGCCGCCCGCAAACAGUUGGGACUUCAUUCCGUCGCUCCGAAGUGCGGACCUGCAACGUUUUCAGAGGGAAGAGAGCGGGUCCGGGUUCCUACCUGCCGUCUUUACGCGUAGCUCAACUUUUCUCCAGUCCGAUCAAACAUCCACUGCCGGUGUUCCAGUGGUUAAUAUUUAUCUAAAACGUCGGGAAACCAAUAAUGCAAUCUGAGAAUCGGUGUGAUUCCAGCUAGAAAGAUACUGCAUUCCGCUUUGUUGGAUUUAAUGCAUUGUGUGUGGUGAACAUGGGUUUACGAUGGAGCCUCGUAGCCGCUUUGGCUGGAAUUCUCGCUGCCGCUUCAACAAUACAUGGAGCAUGUGUCUAUCAAGGAUCUCUGUUCGCGAACAACACGUCGUGGAGGCCGGAGUCGUGCAGAGAGUGUAGCUGCUACAGUGACAUCACCAUCUGUAGACCUGUCAUCUGCCCCAACCCCCUGUGUAACUACCAGAAGGGAGAGCGACUAAGGAUCCCUCCUAACCAGUGCUGUCCAGAGUGCCUGCUGUCAUCCCACGGCUCCUGCCAGCAUGAAGGGUCUGUGUAUGGGCAUGACAGUCAGUGGGCUGCUUCACAGUGUCAGCUGUGUUUGUGUUCUGAGGGGAGUGUGUCCUGUGGACCAAGACCGUGCCCCCCUCUCAGCUGCCCCUCAGACCGGACCCCCUUUAUCCCUGCUGGAGACUGCUGCCCCAAGUGUGCCCACAAUGGAGCUUCCUGUUCCUGGGAGGGUCUUGUCUACAGGGAUGGGGAGGAGUGGAAGCCCACUGUGUGUUCCAAGUGUGUGUGUGCCGAUGGUCAACCUCAGUGCUCCACCGCAGAAUGUCCGCCUGUCGCAUGUAAACUGCGUGAGAACCUGGUGAUCCAGCCAGGCCACUGCUGUCCCCAGUGUGUUCCCAACCCCUGCAUCUCUGCUGGAGAGGAGUACAAGCAUGGCGAGCAGUGGCAGAAGAGUGACUGCACCACCUGUGUGUGUGAUCAGGGCCAAUCUCGCUGUCACACACACACCUGCCCCCCCAAGGCCUGUGAGAAGAACCAGGUCCGAGUCCAGAGGACAGGGCAGUGUUGUGAUGAGUGUGUCGUUGCCAAGGGCAGCUGCAUGUACGAGCUCACUGUCCGUUACCACGGUGAUAUGUGGAACAGCACCGGCUGUGAGUUCUGCACCUGUGAGCGGGGGCAGGUCAUCUGCCAGAGAGCCCAAUGUGCCCGAGUAGAAUGCCCCAAGGGUGAGGAGCUGGUCCAGCUGCCAGGGAAGUGCUGUUCUGAAUGUCAGCCCAGGAACUCAUGUGUUUAUCCAGACCCACUGGGGUCCUCUGGGGCACCACAGAAAGACUUGGCGAGCCUGAAGAGAUGGAGUGAGGGCCCAUGUAGAGAAUGUGAAUGUGUGAACGGCAGGGUUACCUGUUACCAAACCUCCUGCCCCACCUGCCCUCUGGGGACCCUGGCUGUGCCCCACGUAGGAACCUGCUGUCCCCAGUGUAAACCGGUGCCCUGUCAGAGAGACUGUCUGUCAUGCUCAGGGACCCCUGACCAUUGUGAGAGUUGUAAGGACCCAAUCUCCUUGCUGCUGGACGGACGCUGUGUGUCUAGCUGUCCUCGUGGUUACUAUGCCAACGGAAAAGCUUGCAAAGCCUGCCACUCGACCUGUUCUACCUGUGAGAACGGCUUCCAGUGCUCUUCCUGUUCGGGGUCUCUGCUGUUUGAAAACAGACAGUGUGUCCCCAGCUGUGGGCCAGGGUCCUACCAGGACCACACACAGUGUCUUCGUUGCCAUCCCUCCUGUUCCAUGUGCAGUGGGCCAAGCCUGCAGGCAUGUUUGUCAUGUUCUGACCCUACCCACCUGCUCAGAGAUGGACUGUGUGUCCCAGACUGUGGAGUUGGUUACUACAUCCAGAAACACACCUGUUACGCGUGCGAUUCAUCCUGCGCUGCUUGUUACCCUGACAAUCCCAAGUGCAUGAGCUGCCCCCCUGGCUCUGCAUUGCAUCUUGGGAAAUGUAUUUCCAAGUGUCCAGAUCUGCAUUACCUUGACAACUAUGGUCACUGUAGAGCCUGUCACAGCUCUUGCGGGUCCUGCUCCGGCCCCUCUGUGUCCGAGUGUGUCACGUGUCUCCAGGGGCGGUGCCUGCAGCAGGGCCAAUGCCUGGAGGUCUGUGGGGAGGGUCUCUAUCAACACCAGGGGACCUGUCAAAACUGCCACCCCUCAUGCCGAUCCUGUGUGGGUCCUCUGUCCUCUGACUGCCUGACCUGCCUGAAACCCGAGGAGGUUCUGCAGCCUCUGACCCGCCAGACAGACGCCCACACCUCCCAUGGAGCGUGUGUGGUUGCAUGUUCCCCUCACUUCUACCUGGACGCCCAACACGCCUGCAGAGAAUGCUUCCCUUCCUGCUUAGAAUGCAUUGGAGGAAGUGGACAGAACUGCACUUCCUGUGCCCCACCCUAUAUCCUGCAUGAGGGACAGUGUGUCACCAGUUGUCCCCAAGGACACACCGUUCAGGACAACACCUGUACAGGGUGUCACCCGUCCUGUCAGGAGUGUUCAGGCUUGUCUCAGGCUGACUGUGACUCCUGCCCUCCUCUGGCCAACUUCCAUCACGGCUACUGUCGGACCAGCUGUCUGGAGGGGCAGUUCCUACACCCACAAGGAUUCUGUCAGGAAUGCAGCAGCAAUUGCCUGCGCUGUGUGGCAGACCUGCAGUCUGGGGUGGGCAGUGUGUGUCUGUGGUGUAAGGUUGCUAAGACCCUGUUGCUAGGUGACCACUGUGUCACCCGCUGUCCCCAAGGCUACUUCCCCUGGCACGGAGCCUGCAAGAAAUGCCAUGCUUCUUGUGCGGACUGCAGUGGGGAGGGGCCUCUGUCCUGUACUUCCUGUCCCUCCCCAAAUGUCCUGCUAUCCUCAGGACUCUGUGGCCCCACCUGCCCCCUGGGUUACUAUGCUGACAACAACAGACAAUGCAGAGCUUGUGACUGGCAGUGUCUGACCUGUGAGACAGUCGGAGUGUGUACGUCUUGUCGUGACCCAGCCAAGGUGCUGCUAUUUGGCGAAUGCCAGUAUGACAGCUGUGCCCACCAGUACUACCUCAACGUUACCACCCGUGUCUGCAGAGAGUGUGACUGGAGUUGUAAUGCAUGUACUGGACCCCUGCGCACUGACUGUCUGCAGUGUAUGGAAGGGCACGUUCUCCAGGACGGACUCUGCACUCAGCGCUGCUCCCCGGGGUCCUACCAGGACGGGGAGAGAUGCCUUAGUUGUGAUGAGCACUGUGAGGUUUGUCAGGGGCCGGGUCAGUGUGGCAGAUGCCAGUCUCCCUAUGUCAGCCUGCAGGGCCACUGUGUAUCAGAGUGUGGAAGGAGCUACUUCCUGGACACCAGUCUGCUGCUCUGUACACCGUGCUCUAGUGACUGUGUGGAAUGUGAGGGGAUGGGUCGCUGCACUGUAUGUAAACAAAGCACCUACCUUAAAGACGGAUACUGCACUCUGGACUGUGGCCAAGGUUUCUCUGCUUACAAGAAGACUUGUCGUGUAAACAUCCAGGCUCCAACCCUGCGUCUCAAUGGCUCUCUGCUGGUGCCCAUUGGAGGGAUCAAACCCCUGGAUACCACCCUUCUCUCUGCCCAGGACCAAGACAGCCCCCUAGAGAGCCUGCUGUUCCAGCUGCUGCAGACCCCCAGCAGCGGGCGUUUGGUUGUCCUACAGGAGGGUCGGGAGACAGACUUGGCCAGGGACGACACCUUCUCCUGGGCUCAGCUACGGGACGGUCAGGUCUGCUUCACUCAUGACAAGAACCAGGCAAAGGGUGACCAAUUCACCCUACGAGUGGCAGACCCUCAGCUCUUCUCUCAGCCAGAGGUGGUUCAUGUCCAGGCAGUAUCUAUGCAGCCUCCGCAGAUUCUUACCCACAAUUCUUUGUUGGUGGAGGGAGGGGAGACCGCCAUCAUCUCCAAGGCUGUGAUUCAGAUCGAUGACCCAGACAACUCUCAGGACGUCUUGGUCAUGGUUCUGGACCCACCACAACAUGGCCUCCUGACCCGUCUCCAUGGUGACCGGGCACUGGGCCAGUUUAAACUGGAGGAGUUGUCCCAGGAGCAGGUGCUGUAUGUGCACGACGGGUCCCCGGGGAAAGGUGAUCGGAUGCUGCUACAGGUCAACGAUGGACACAGCUACCAGAACAUCCUCUUACAGGUCCACAUCAUCCAGAAGAGCACCCACUCCCCUCGCCUUGUGUCCCUGCCUAACACGUGGGUGAGAAGAGGUGGCAUGGUUCAGCUGGGGAAAAGGUAUCUGAGGGCAGAGUUCAAGGGUGCCAGUGAUGACGAGAUCAUCUACAGCAUAGUGCCCUCCAACGGAAGCCCCAAAUACGGUGAGGUGGUGUUGGUACCCAUGCCAGCAGACGGCCCUGUGGACAGUUGGCAGCCCUCGCCUGAUGACAAGAGCUCCACGGCCCUCUCUUCGUUCUCUCAGCAGGACGUGAACGAGGGCACUGUUUGGUACCGACACCUUGGCGCUGCCGGGGUUAGCGGGCCGCUGGCGGACACCUUUCAGUUCCAGGUGUCCAGUGAAGGUUCCCCGGACACACUCAGUGAUGCUCAGACCUUCACCAUCGGAGUGAUGCCUGAACUCCCUGGGUUUCCACAGUUGGCUCCUGCCUGUGACCUACAGAUAACAGCACUGGAAGAUCGUGUGACCGUGUUAACAUCCUCAGCUUUGUCCUUUGUGGACUCUGAGACGCCAAGUGAAAAGCUUGUCUACAACAUCACCAAACCCCUGCCCCAGGGACAUGGCUCUAUAGAGCAUCGCGACAGACCCUACACUCCUGUGUCCUCCUUCAGCCAAGCUGACAUCAACCAGGGCCGGAUCCAGUACCGGCCUCCCCUGGCCGCCUCUCACCUACAGGAGAUCUAUCAGUACUCUUUCACUGGUCUUCCAGAGUCACUGAAUCUCUAUUUCACAGUAUCAGAUGGGGAUCAUACGACUCCUGAAAUGGACUUUGCCAUCCACCUCCUGACCAACCACCAUCAGCCCCCUGUCUUCCAGGUCCUCGACCCUGUUCUGGAGGUCAGCCUGGGGGGGCGAGCCCCUAUCGGUGGGCAGCAGCUGGCAGUGACAGACGAAGACACACUUCCUGAUGAGUGGGAGUUUGAGCUGGUGGAAGGACCAGCCCAUGGAACUCUGGUCAGGAUGGAACUGGACUCCCAGACAGUGAUGAGGAACGGGGACACCUUUUCCUUCAGUGAUGUGACCCGUAACAUUCUGCAGUACGAACACGACGGCCAGUCGGACAAUGGGGACGCCAUCACCUUCUCCGUUACUGAUGGCAUUUCCAUGACGACAGCGGUGGUGCAGGUGCUUGUGUUGGGUGUCGGGGACGUCGGACCCAGGAGAGACCCUGACACUCGGUUGUCCAUGGUGGUGCCUGAGAAAAGCAGCUCUGUUAUCAGGCGCCAACACCUGGCCUACAUAAGCGACACAACUCCAGACGAGAAGAUCCGUAUUCAGUUGGUGUCAGUUCCAAUGUAUGGCACUUUGACUAGCACUGGGUCAGACCAGAAUCACCAGGAGAUGACGGAAUACUCCUCCUUCACCAUGGAUGACAUCAACAAACACAGAAUCAGGUACACCACCUCCUUUGAGACUGGUAACCAGCCGGUUACGGACAUCUUCCAUUUCAUUGUUUACGAUGCUGAAAACAAUCGUCUUGACAACCAAAUGUGUACCAUCACAAUCACCACGACACAGACACAACCUCCAGUGGUCACAGUUCGCAGUGGAAUUAAGGUCCAGGAAGGAGGCCGAGUUCAGCUGUCCACCAAUCACAUCAUAGUAUCAGAUCUGGACACACCCAAGAAGGACCUGCUGGUGUGGAUGAUCAGCGCACCCAAAUAUGGCUACGUCGAAAACACAAGAGGAUCAGUGGGUUCAAUAGGUGGCUCAAAAGCCCAUGUCAUCAGUCCAGAGGUUCCUUUCACUAUGGAUGACCUGAUGACAGACCACAUUUUCUACAUUCAGAACGUCCGACAGAAGACAGAUUACUAUCAGGACACCAUCUCCUUCUACAUCAGUGAUGGUUCCAGCCAGACAGAGGCCUUCAAUGUCAAUAUAGACAUACAGCAGAGUGACGAGUAUCUGGAGCCUGUGGUAUCAGUGAAUAAUAUCCAGGUGGAGGAGAACUCCGGCGUGGUGAUCACUAACUCCUCCCUGAACGUCCUGGACCAAGACACACCAGACAACGAGAUCGUCUUCACAGUCAUCAAAAUACCUGCCUACGGCAAGCUCAGACGACGCCAGUUCUACUCUGAGCCUUUAGAAAACGGCCGGGUCCUUUCUCAGGGUUCAACCUUCACCUACCAGGACGUGGUGGAUCUGCUGAUGGUGUACAUACCUGACACGGCCAGCGGGGGCAGAGACGAGCUGGGCUUCUCCCUGACCGACGGCCUUCACACACACACAGGCCGGCUCAUCUUCACCAUGGAUGUGAGACGGAGCCAAGGCCCGAGGAUUGCAGUGAACCGAGGACUGCAGCUGGCCGCAGGCUCCUCAUCUAAGAUCACAGAUCAGAACCUGAAGGGUUUGGAUGCAGACUCGAACAACCUGCAGCUGCGCUACGUUCUGACCAAAGACCCUCCAGUAGGAAGACUGCUGCUCCGUAAAAGGGAAGGGCAGGACCAGCUGUCAGUCAAAGGGACCAUCAAGAGCUUCACACAGGAGGAGGUUAAUAAAGGUCUGUUGGAGUACAGUCACUCAAAGGGAGAGAGAGGAGGGAGCGUCUCUUUCAAGUUCAACCUGGUGGACCCAGAGGGCAACAAAGUGAUCGACCAGUCCUUCUUCAUUAGCGUGCUAGAGGACCGCCUUCCUCCCUCUGUGUCGGUGAACAAGGGCCUGGUGUUGGAUGAGAACUCGGUGAAAAAGCUGACCACGUUGCAGUUGUCUGCCACAGACCUGGACAUUGAGCCAGGAGAUCUGGUGUACCGCAUCACCAAACAAACUGUCCUGGGUCAUCUGGAGCACUCUAACCAGCCAGGAACUCGCAUCACAUCCUUUUCCCAGGCUGACCUUGCCUCUCGUAGCAUUCAGUACGUUCACACCAGCGAAGAAGAGAAACACGCUGAUGAGUUCUCCUUCGUGGUGUCUGACGGGGCUAAUGAGGUGGCCCAGACGUUCUACGUCACUAUUCGGCCUGUAGAUGACUCCCUGCCUGUCUUGGUGGUUCCUGGGAUGAGGGUUCAGGAGGGUGUCAGGAAAACCAUCACCGAAUUUGAGCUAAAGGCCACUGAUGCCGACACAGAGGAGGACUCCCUCACCUUCACCGUGGUCCAGGUUCCUCGUCAUGGCACCAUCGAGCGGACCCACAACGGGAAGCACUACCGCCAGACCAGCACCUUCACCAUGGAUGACAUCUACCAGAACAGAGUCAGCUACAACCAUGACGGCAGCAACUCCCUGAAGGACAGGUUCACCUUCACCGUGGCUGACGGCACCAAUGUCUUCUUCAUGGUGGAGGAGGGGGACAAGGAAGUGGUGACGGCGGCUCCCCAGAGGUUUAAGAUAGACAUUCUGCCCGUUGAUGAUGGGACACCUCGCAUCGUAACCAACUUGGGUUUACAGUGGCUGGAGUAUCUGGACAACAAGGCCACCAACCUGAUCAGUAAGAAGGAGCUGUUGACUGUGGACCCUGACACAGACGACGGGCAGCUCAUCUAUGAGGUAACCUCCGAGCCCCAACACGGCUUCCUGGAGACCAAACUGACGCCUGGCCAGCCCAUCGUCUCCUUCACACAGGCUGACGUUAACCUUGGAUUGAUUCGCUACGUGCUGCGCGAGGAGAGCGUGGCAGAGACCAUGGACAACUUUAAGUUCCUGGUGAAGGACAGCAAGCCCAACAUGGUCUCUGAUAACCUGUUCCACAUUCAGUGGUCCCUCAUCAGCUUCCAACACAAGAGCUACAACGUGAGUGAGAAGGCUGGCACCGUGUCGGUCACUGUGAAGCGGACGGGUAACCUCAACCAAUAUGCCAUCGUGUUGUGUCGUACGGAGCAGGGCAGCGCCACGUCCAGCGUGGACUCCCGGCCAGGGCGGCAGGAUUACGUAGAGUACGCUGGACAGGUCCAGUUUGAUGAGCGCGAGGACACCAAGGUGUGUAGCAUUGUGAUCCAGGAUGACAAGGUGUUUGAGGGUGUAGAGAGUUUCCAGGUGGAGCUGAGCAUGCCCGUGUAUGCCCUCCUGGGUCCGGUGACACGUGCCAGCGUCAACAUCAACGACACCGAGGAUGAGCCUACGCUGCAGUUUGACAAGAAGACCUACCACGUCAACGAGAGUACUGGCUUGAUUCACCUUCCCGUAGAGCGAAAGGGCGACACUAGCAGUUUGGUUUCUGCUCUCUGCUAUACUGUUCCAAAAUCUGCUCUGGGCAGCAGUCUACAUGCCCUGGAGUCGGGUUCUGACUAUAAGACCCGCGGGAUGACCAGAGACAACCGGGUCAUCUUUGGUCCUGGCGUCUCAAUGUCCACCUGCGAUGUCAAGCUCAUCGAUGACAGCGAAUACGAACUCUCCGAGGAGUUUGAGCUCCACCUAUCAGAUGCCUCGGACAACGCCCGGGUGGGCGACCUGAAAGUAGCGAAGGUGGUCAUCGACGGGCCCAACGACGCCUCCACGGUAUCCCUGGGCAACGCCACGUUUACGUUCAGUGAAGACAUCGGCACCAUAGAGAUCCCGGUACUGAGGCAGGGCAGUGACCUGUCUUCUGUGACCUCUGUGUGGUGCGCCACGCGGCCCGCUGACCCACCUUCUGCCACCCCUGGGUUGGACUACAUCCCAUCCUCCAAGAAGGUGGAGUUCAAAGCCGGCAGGACGAUGGAGACAUGCAGUGUAACCAUCAUGGAUGACAUUCAGACUCCGGCUCUCGAGGGGACAGAGUCUUUUGUGGUGUUCCUCUCCUCUCCUCAAGGAGCAGUGCUUCUGGAACCCUUCGAAGCCUCUGUGGUCAUCACUGACAACAUGGACCUUCCCAGCAUGCAGUUUGAGAAGACAGCGUACAGGGUGAAGGAGAUGGAGGGCGCGCUCAGCAUCCCCAUCGUUCGCACGGGGGACCUGGCGGUCCAGUCGUCGGUGCGCUGCUUCACCAGGACAAUGUCCGCCCUGGUCAUGGACGACUUUGAGGAGAGGAGGAACGCAGACGAAUCCAGCAUCACCUUCCUCAAAGGAGACAAGGUGAAGAACUGCACGGUGAACAUCAAUGACGACUCUGUAUUCGAGCCAGAAGAGGAGUUCCAGGUGCAUCUUGGGACGCCGCUGGGAGACCACUGGAGAGGGGCCAUGGUGGGGGUUAAUGACAUCGUCACGGUAACCAUCACUAACGACGAGGAUGCCCCCACCAUAGAGUUUGAACAGACGUCAUACCAGGUGCGGGAGCCCCCAGGUCCGGAUGGUAUCGAGGUUCUCAACAUCAAGGUGAUCAGAACAGGGGACCAGGACCGUACCUCCAAGGUCCGCUGCAGCACCCGGGACGGAUCUGCCCAGUCCGGAGUGGACUACAACCCCAAGAGUAGAGUCCUCAAGUUUACUCCUGGCAUGGACCAUAUCGUCUUCAAAGUGGAGAUUCUGUCCAAUGAGGAUCGGGAGUGGCAUGAGUCCUUCUCAUUGGUCCUUGGCCCUGACGACCCAGUAGAGGCAGUGCUUGGAGAGAUCAGCACAGCAACUGUCACCAUCCUAGACCAAGAAGCUGCAGGGAGUCUCAUCUUACCAGCCACGCCCAUCGUGGUUUCUCUGUCAGACUAUGACAACGUGGCUGAGGUUUCCAAAGAAGGCAGUAAGAAGCAGCCGUCACCUGGCUACCCCCUGGUGUGUGUGACCCCAUGUGACCCCCACUACCCUAAAUACUCUGUGAUGAGAGAGCUCUGUGAGGAGGCAGGAAUCAACCAGAGCAGUGUUCACUUCUCCUGGGAGGUGGCGUCUCCCACCGACACCCAUGGGGCCCGGUCCCCCUUCGAAACGGUCACUGACACCACACCUUACACUGGUGUCAACCAUAUGGUCUUGGACAGUAUCUACUUUUCUCGGCGGUUCCAUGUGCGCUGCGUAGCCCAGGCCCGGGAAAAGGCUGGCCAUCUUGGAACUCCUCUGAGGAGUAACAUAGCAACCAUCGGCACAGAGGGUUCCAUCUGCCACACCCCUGUCACCACGGGAACUGCCCGAGGAUUCCAGGCUCAGUCAUUCAUUGCCACACUGAAGUACCUGGACGUCAAACAUAAAGAGCACCCCAACCGUAUUCACAUCUCGGUGCAGAUCCCCCAUCAGGAUGGUAUGUUGCCUCUGGUGUCCACCAUGCCGCUCCACAACCUGCACUUCCUGUUGUCAGAGUCCGUCUACAGACAACAACACAUCUGCUCCAACCUGGUCACUCUUAAACAACUGCAGGGGGUCUCAGAGGCUGGUUUCCUGGAUGACGUGACCUAUGACAGUAUCUCCCUGGGGCCAGGCUAUGACAGACCCUAUCAGUUCAACCCCAACGUCCGAGAGGCUAAGAGCAUCCUGCUGUACAAGCACCUGAACCUGAAGAGCUGCAUCUGGACGUUUGAUGCUUACUACGACAUGACAGAGCUUAUAGAUGUCUGUGGAGGCUCCGUCACCGCCGACUUCCAGGUGCGUGACUCGGCCCAGUCGUUCCUGACCGUGCAGGUUCCUCUCUAUGUGUCAUAUAUCUACGUCACUGCUCCCAGGGGCUGGGCAUCUCUGGAACACCACACAGAGAUGCACUUCUCCUUCUUCUACGACACAGUGCUGUGGAGGACAGGGAUCCAGACAGACAGCGUCCUGUCAGCCAGACUCCAGAUCAUCAGGAUCUACAUCCGAGAAGAUGGCCGCCUGGUCAUCGAGUUCAAAACACAUGCCAAGUUCAGGGGUCAGUUUGUGCCGGAGCAUCACACGUUGCCAGGUCACAGGUCACACCUGUUGGCCCCUGACCACCUGGGGGGGGUGGAGUUUGACAUGCAGCUCAUCUGGAGUGCCCAGUCCUUUGACUCCCCAUAUCAGCUCUGGAGAGCCACUUCCUCUUACAGCAGGAAGGACUACUCUGGGGAGUACACCGUGUUUCUGAUCCCCUGCACUGUUCAGCCCACCCAGCCCUGGAUUGACCCCGGUGACAAGCCCCUGUCCUGCACGGCCCACGCCCCAGAGAAGUUCCAGCUGCCGAUAGCCUUCCAGCAGACCAACCGCCCGGUACCAGUGGUCUACUCCCUGAACACUGAGUUCCAGUUAUGCAACAACGAGAAGGUGUUCAUGAUGGACCCGGCUGUGGCAGACAUGUCUAUGGCUGAGAUGGACUACAAGGGGGCCUUCUCAAUGGGCCAGACGCUGUACGGCCGGGUGCUGUGGAACCCGGAGCAGAACCUGAACGCUGCCUACAGACUGCAGCUGGAGAAGGUGUACUUGUGUACGGGACGGGACGGAUACGUGCCCUUCUUUGACCCCACGGGGACCCUGUACAACGAGGGGCCGCAGUACGGAUGCAUACAGCCCAAUAAAAACCUCCAACACAGGUUCCUUUUGCUGGAUCGGAAGCAGCCUGACGUCUGUGACAGGUACUUCCAUGACGUUCCCUUUGAAGCCAGCUUUGCUUCGGAUAUCGCCGAUCUCCAGCCCAUGGCGGCUAUGCCCGGGGUUGAUGGGUUCACCAUGAAGGUGGACGCGCUGUACAAGGUGGAGGCAGGGCAUCAGUGGUAUCUGCAGGUGAUCUAUGUGAUUGGCCCGGAGUCCAUCUCCGGCCCCAGGAUCCAGCGCUCUCUGACCUAUCAGCUGGCUCACAGCAGCGACUCUGGUGACCAGGACCCGGCCAGUCGACCAAGCCAAACAGUCAUGCGUGCCCGUCGGGAUUUGGUCGACCGCUCCGGCCGCCUCACGCUAGACGAGUCUCUGAUCUACGAUAACGAAGGCGACCAGAUGAAGAAUGGCACCAACAUGAAGACGCUCCGCCUGGAGGUGCCCGCGGCCUCCACUUAUAACCCCCAGAUGGGGGGCUCGGUGGGAGGGGGUGUGGCCGCCCUGAGCCUCUUGGUCCUCGUUUUGCUGGCUUCAUGUUUAGUCUUUAGGAAAUGCCGGAGCUCAAAGAAGAAUGGGAAACAGAGUCCUUCCAAAAUGGCGGAGGAGUACCCCCUGAACACCAAGGUGGAGGUGUGUCUCGAGAAGACCCUAGAGAAGAACUUCAGCUCCAAACACUGCACCGUCAGGAAUGUUAAUAUCAACCUCCACCGUAACCAUGACAACAUCAACUCCAAGCUCAAUGGAGGGGCAAAGGUCAAGCAGGUCAACCUUGAGGUCAAGCUCCACAAUAACCUCCAUAGUGAUGGUACUGAGGUCUAAUGAUCUGUCGCCAGGGUUUCCCCUAGCUCAAUGAUUUUCCAGGCAGUGUGCCAAAAACCUGUAAAAGCAACAUCCAGUUGCAAAAAAUCAUGUAGAGGCAAAACAUCUAGACUCUACCUACACAGGGGGAAACAUUGCCUUUGUGUAAAUCUUAAGUAUUUUAAGAGAAAUCUAUAGAAAUCAUAUUUUCUAAAAGGCGUUUGUACUUAUGGAAAAUAUACUGUUUGUUAAUGUAUUUUUGUACAACCUUGAUGAGAUAUGAAACAAAAAGUUAAAAGGGAAGCGUGUUUCAGGCAAGCUAUGCAGCGUUUAUUGUAAUCAUUUCACAACUGGGCUACCUCAGGAAUCACGAAACACGAGAACUAUCUAACUAUAUAACGUGUCAUGAUUUUUUUAUUUGGGUGGCUUUGUUUUCAACUUGUCCUCGUCAUUGAACGAUCCAAACUUAGGUGAGAUCUGCUGCCUCGUUUUUGCUUGAUUUUAACAUAACAACCACCUCUCCCUAUUGAUCAAGGCACUGUAGCUUGACACUUUGCUCCUGCUUCUCGUUAAUAGGCUGUAUAGUUGACUUCUCAUUAAUAAUAGUUAAUUACUGUGCCACAAAAUGACCACUAUGAAAGUAUUAAGCACGAUGUGGCCCAAACCCUGACUCCAUGGACAUGUUUAUCAUGCAUUUCGGUGAAACAUCUGUCCCAGAACAGGGUUGUGAGGCAGGCCUGUGGUGUGAUCUGAAUGAGUAGUUUGCAAAUUAUGUUUAUUCAAGUGCAAUUAAUCCAUGAACACUCUAUCUCUACUCAAAAGCAGAUCCGUCUGUCUGUCUAACAUAGUAAUUGAUUGAAUUGGCAUCCAAUCCCUUACCCAUACAGAGCACUGCUGAGGGCCAUUCUAUAGCAUGGCACUAGGGACAGUGUCCAUGUCUAGACCACAGCUCAACAGCCUUCCUAUCAAAUUAUUGUUGUUGCAUGCAGUUUUGACUCCAAAUCCAAACAAACAAGGGUGAAAAGGGUGAAAACUCCAACUGCCUUUACUGGUUUUUAUAUCCACCAGUUGGUAUGUGACGAGAAUAAAAGUGUUUGGAUUGACUUGGUGCACUUUGAAUACUACUACUGACGAUGACAUCUGUUGUCCCUCAUUCUGUACCUCUACUGCAGCCUUAUCAAUACUACUGAGCAAUGUAUGGGAUUCUUUGUUAAUUUUACAAAAUUUAUUUUUAACUGAUGACUUGUUUUAUACACAGUGUGUAUCUACUGUAUUAUGUCAUGUCUUCAUUUUGCCAAAAUACCCCUAAUGCCUCAGUUAUAUUCUUUAAUGUACUUACCAGUUCAAACUCCACUAUUAAGUGAGUGGGUCCCAAAUGCCACCCUGUUUCAUACAAAGUGACCUACAACCCAGAGCCCUGGUAAAAUGUAGCGCACGAGACAGGGAAUAGGGUGUGAUUAUGGACGCAGCUUUUGCUAAUCAGUCAGUCAAUCAUGUCCUCCUUAUAUUUAUACUGCAGAAUGUACUAUUAGCAUAUAAUUACGCUCAUAUCUUGUAACGCUCUGUAUCAUGGCUCCACUGUUUCCAUAGUCUGAAAGAAUAAUGUGUAAUAUUUCUGUUGUGAAUGAAGGUGUUGUGACUCCACCCAUCAUUGAUCAAUUGAUUAAUUGAUAACUGGAUGCCUUCUAUGUCAGAACGACAUCCCACAGCAAUGAAUGUUCUGCAGAAAAUAGGGACAUUGAUUUAUCACCAUUUCUCUCUCCCUCACACGCUUUAGCUCUCUGUCUGUCUCUCUCUGUAUCUCUCUGUCUCCGCCUCUCUCUGUCUCUUUC